AUGAGCAAGAACUCUCUGUCCACCAAUCAAGAGCUCCGUAAGGGUGACUUCCUGAUGUCUAGCAACCAACAAUACAAGGCUGUCUUUCAGGAAGAUAGCAACUUCGUCAUCUAUGGCUGGAGUCCAAUCUGGGCCUCAAACACUUAUGGUAAACAAGACGCAUACCGCCUAGUUAUGCAGUCAGACUGCAACUUUGUCAUGUACACAAAAUCCGGUGAACCUUGUUGGGACACUGGCACUUAUAGUGAUUGUAAAGAUUAUCGGUGCCGUGUAUUUUUGCGUGAUGAUGGUGUCCUGGAAAUUGAUCGGAUUGGAGAGAAGAAGUGGACUUCAGAGAAGAAGUAG